UCCACAAACACACCAUAUGGUAGCCACCACGUGUCGUACACGUUUGAUAACAGUUGAGAUGGCCUUGCAUUUAUUGUUAAGCUUCACGAAACCACGGAACGGACCAACAACGGAAAAUAUUACUAUUAAUAAUAUUACGGAAAUUCAACAGGAAGUUUUAUUUGCUGCCCGUCAACAAUCGAUGACGAUAUUACGUAAUUUUUAUAAAUCCGAAGAUAUAUUCUUGAAUUUAUUUGAAGAUGAAUAUAAUGAGAUGCAAAAAAAUCAAUUAAAUGUCGAAUUUUUAUGCAUGGAUUCGACAAUUCUAUUACCACCCACCGGGACACCGUUGAGAGGAAUAACAUUUUUACGACUUUACGGAAGCGAAUAGCCUUAAUUGUAGGUGCUGCCAUGAGUUUGGAUAAAGCACUUA